CUGGUUCGUAUUCUCGAGACAACUAGGUGAAAAUCGGUCUAUGUGCCUUUGAGCAGGCACUUAACCCAAUUGGCUCUGGAUAAGUGUGUCUGCUAAAUGACGUGAAUGUAAAGUACAAUGUAGGCUAGUUGUCAGUCAGGAAUUAUGGGUUUCCUCAAGGGUAAAUAAGCGUCUUCAACUGUUUCAUCUUGUCAGGGCGGAGUGGAGGGAAAGGGAGGACUCACCAGCUAAUACGGGAAUCGCCCCGUAAAAGAAGGUCACACACUGAUUAUUCUUUUGUGUGUAUGUGUGUGUGUGUACUUACUGGAAGAACUUCGGAGCUGAGGAGGUGGAGCCUUACGAAUAUCAGCUCUAGAGACUACUCGCUGGUCGCUGUAACGCAACUACCUCCGUUUGCUGGAUAGAGAAAAAAGGACAGAGUAUUGUUUAUGAUCUAUUUCACUUGCUUUGGUAAUAUAAACAUGUUUCCCAUGCAAAUAAAGCCCUUUGAAUUGAAUUGAGAGCGAAUAAGAAUAGAGGGGGGGAGGACCCCGAAGUCUUUACCGACAAUAGCCUACGGACCCGUUCCUCUGUCGGUUAGAAGAGACAGGAGUUAAUGACCAAGUUUAUAAAUUAUUUAACUCGGGGACUUUGGAUAUUUUCUCCCCCCGGAAAGGAACGCUGGAGCCCGAGACAGGAACCAUCUCCAAGCUGUCUGCAGUGGGUGGUCUCUCUGAGGUCCUCUCUGGACUGCCACUCAGUGUCUUCACUCUGGGAAUCACGUCCGCUACCCUACUCCUCCCCUCCUCCCUCACGUCCUCCCCCCUCCUCCCCCCACACGUCCUCCCCCCUCCUCCCCCCACACGUCCUCACCCUUCCUCCUCCCUCACGUCCUCUCCCUUUCUCCUCCCUACCUCCAUCACAACUCACCUCCUCCCCUUGUACCUCCUCCUCCCUCCCUGCUCUGGACCCCCCACCCCUCGGUCAGCAAGCCGAGCAGGGGGGGUCAGGGCGCCAUGGUAACCCAUAGCAGGCACGACCCCCCAGCCAUGAGCAGCGUUACCCGCCCAGAGGCCAGAGGUCAGGGGUCAGACGUGGACCCCCUGCGCUACAAACCCUUCAGCUCGCACGCACACUACCAACAGGUGCUGUGUGCGGUGCGUAAGUUACAGGAGAGUGGGUUCUACUGGGGUGCAGUGGGGGGUCGUGAGGCCAGCGCUCUGCUCCGCUCCCAGCCCCCCGGGACCUUCCUGGUCCGAGACUCCUCCGACCACCACUACUUCUUCACACUGUCGGUCCAGACGGCUCGCGGGACCAAGAACCUCCGGAUCCACAGCCAGGGGGGAAGCUUUUACCUGCAGCCUGACCCCCACUGCACGCACACGCCCCCGCGUUUCGACUGUGUGCUCAAACUGAUUGGACACUACAUGGGGAAGGAGGGAGGUGGAGGAGGAGAUGGGGAGGCCGGGGCCGGGGUAAGGACAGGGGGAGGCAUGACUGCGGCUGCAGGGGAGACUGUGGGGACAGGGAGUUUGUAUCUGAUCCACUCAGGGGGAGAGAAGGUUCCGUUAGAACUGCGUCGACCCCUCCCCUCCUCCCUGUCCUCCCUCCAGCACCUGUGUAGAAGGACCCUGAACGGACACCUGGGGGGCCCGGAUCCCCCCGACACACACCAGCUCCCUCACACUCUAAGAGACUUCUUGGCGGAGUACGAUGCUCCCAUCUAACACACACACACAGUUCAUUUUGGGGGUUUCCCCAUCUAACGGUUGAGGAUAGGAUUUGGAGAGGGUAAGCUGAUCCUAGAUCGAUGCUACUGCUUCCUAUCAAGUGGAGCUUCAUAUAGGUAGCCAUGGAUACGCCUCUCCUGGAGAGACUGUCAAUGGGAGUCAGGAAAACGCUGGGGGUCAGAAGUGAUUGCCCUGUCAGCCAGUUAGUCAUUUUCCCAGCGGAAGCUGUGAUUGGAUAGUCAAAAAGAUUACAGUGACGCAGACCGUGAACGUGCUCACACGCAAGCAAACACACACUUUAGCAGUGACUUUAGGAGUGUUGUCAGAAGGUUUCCUGUGGGUUUGUUGUGCUGCUGAGGAACAGCUCUUUCUAUUGAUUAACAGAAGCUUGCCUCUCCUCUUUCUCCUGUCUGACAUGUAAAAUGGGCUGACUGGAUUGAGAGAGAGAGAGGGAGAUAGAGGGAGGGAUGGAAGUAUAAUGAGAGAAAAGGAGAGAGGGGAUGGGGAGUAUGGCAGAGAAUGUCAAAUGAGGGGCCCAUAGCAGAGUGAAUGUGUUUGUGUGCAUGGUGUCGUACACAUUUCCACUGCUGCAUGCCAACUAGCAUGGCCUCAUAGGAAGGUGUGAGGGAUCAUGGCUGACAACAGCCUCUAGCCUCACACACAGAUAGACACACACACAGGCAUACAUACAGCUAUACUGCAGUUUUGGAAGCUCUUCUGUUAGAAUGUGAUGGAGGUGCCCCUGUCUCUCCCUCUUGUCUUUAUCCCCCCCCCCCCACAUAUCUCUCUGACAACAGGAGUUGUGACAGUGAGUCUGAGCAGACCACUGUUAGUCAGACAAAAGCCCUGGCAGACAACCAAAGCUAACAGUGGAUCUUAUUAUAGUCCCAGGGGGCAGGCAGGCAGACAGACAGACAGACAGGGCGGGCAGGCAGGCAGACAGACAGACAGACAGGGCGGGCAGGCAGGCAGACAGACGACCGGACCGGGCAGACAGACAGACGACCGGACCGGGCAGACAGACAGACGGACCGGGCAGGCAGGCAGACAGACAGACGAACCGGGCAGACAGACAGACAGACAGACGGACCGGGCAGGCAGGCAGACAGACAGACGGACCGGACCAUGCGGGCAGGCAGGCAGAAACAACAACGUGUGUGCCCCAAAUAGCACCUUAUUCCUUUUAUAGAGAAUUACUUUGGGACCCUGUGGACUCUGGUCCACAAAAGUAGUUCACUAUAGGAAAUAGGUUGAGAUACCGGCAGAAACAACUACAACAGAACAUAGUCAGAAGUCGAGUGGGAGAGGUUAGGAAAGGGUGAGGAAAGAGUGAGGAAGACAAGUAGGGGUGAGGCUGGGGGAGAGGUUAGAGAUGGUUUUCAGACCACAGAGAUGAUGACAACCCCUUCAUUUGGUCUGAUGAUGAUGGUAGUGAUGAUGAUAAUGAUAGUGAUGAAGAUGAUGAUGACGAAGACGUGAUAAUGAUGAUUUUGAUGAUUAUGUAGUGUUAAGCUGAAUCCAUGUCUUCCUGAUAGAAGUCUAAUUAGUCAUUUUUAACAUUUACUAACAACAUAAUGUUUACAUGUGUCGCAUCAGCCCAGCUACAUGUGAAGUACUCGUCUUUCAUAAAGACUGCUCAUAACCUCGCCACUAGACUGGCAGACAGGGAAAACUAUCUGGAACAACAACAACUAAAAGCAUUACAAAAUAGAAAUGAAUAAAGGAAUUUUGCACAUAUUUAUAUUUCUAAGAUAUUUCAAUACGUAAUAUUAAAGCGCACUUUUCUUUUACCAAAUUGAA